AUGGCACUCGUCAAUCCACUCCAGAUAUUCAUCUUGCCCUUCGUUUUCUUGGUCGCCUUACCACUCGCACUCUGCGCUGGUUUUACCACUAUCCUCGCCUUUCUCGUUUUGUUCUUGCGGCUUUUCUUGGUCUAUUUCGAUGUAGGGCUCGAAUGGCUUCGGUUUGUGGUCCUAGGCCAGGGCCAUGGCCGUUACAUACAGUCACCAUCCGUCAGCCGUCGGCACAGCCCGUUAAUAUCUCCGGUCUCAUCACCUCCAUCGUCACCUGAAGCAUCCUCAUCCCGGAGUAAGAGGAGGAGAAAACGCGCGGGCAGUCAAGGUAGUGGGUCUACUACGCCAUUAGGUGGACUUGAUGGCCUUGCUCUGACGCCCAGCCGCUCACUCGAUCGCGACUUCGAGGGAAUCGGUGGUUGGAGGUUGGGGGAUAGCACAGACACGACCGAGGAAAAGGCGUGGGAAAGUUUGAAUUCUAGGCUUGAAAUGCCCGACCAUCACCAACGCAACCAUUUUCGCUCACACAGCGGCGGUACGGUUCUGUCGAGCACCGGCGGAGUGGGACUUCACAUGAAACCGGGAUCACGCGUUGGGUCAAGCAGUCCAGAAGGGCUACGUAUUGCGAACAACUCAAGCCCGAAAAGUCCGAACACCUCGAGAAGUCGGACCCCGACACGGACACGAUUUGAACCCUUCACGACUCUCGACUACGAGUCUUAUUUUCCGCCGUUUACUGCUCAACCAAAGAAGAUUGGAGCAUAG